AAAUAAAGUAUAAAAGUGGGGAAACACGCAAUUAUCGUGCACAGGUGAGCUGAACUUAACUAUGAACUUCCAAGCAUUUACAUUUAACAGUGUUGUUGAUAAGUGACGUGCUCACAGUUCGCAUUAAAAGUCUAAUUUCUUAAUUAUUAAGAAUUGUAACGGAAAUACGACAGAGGAAAUUUUGUAAACAAAUUUACAGUUUAAAUAAAUAUGGAUAGAUCCAAUCAGAGCGUUGAAGAUGAACGAGAAGGAGGGGACAUAACAUUCGCUGAUAUGGUCGUUGAAGACAGCGAACUCUUGAAAUUUUAUAACGAUUCUACCAUUCUUUUAACGGGAGCCACUGGAUAUCUUGGAAAAUUACACAUGGAGAAGCUGUUAAGAGUCUGUAACGUGAAAAAAAUUUUUAUUAUCGUUAGGGCGAAAAAAGGAAAAGAUCCAGAAAAGAGAUUAGAGGAACUUUUCAAUGAUCCUAGUUACGCUCCACUAAAAAGGAAGUAUCCUAAUUUCACCAGGAAGAUUCACUUGAUGGCAGGUGACGCAGCCUUACCGAAUCUAGGUUUGUGCGAGGAAGAUAUUGAAAGGAUCAAAUCAGAAGUCGAUUGCGUGUUUCAUUACGCAGCUACAGUGAGGUUCGACGAGAAACUCAGAAUAGCGACUUAUAUAAACGUUAGAGCAGUAAGAGAUCUCAUACGAAUAGCUAAGGAUAUCAAAAAAUUAAGGGCAUUCGUACAUAUUUCCACGGCUUAUUCUAAUUGUGUCCAAUCUACAAUAGAGGAAAAAUUUUACGACCCCCCAAUAAUGGCGGAUAAAUUAAUAACAUUAGUGGAUUGCUUGAAUGACAAUCAACUAGAUGCCAUAACUAAAUCCUUACUUGGAGACUUUCCUAACACGUAUGCAUUUACGAAAUGCAUAGCGGAAGAUAUUCUUAGAACUGAAGGAAAAAAGUUACCAAUAGCACUAUAUAGGCCAUCUAUUGUGAUUGCUACUUUGAAAGAACCAGUUGCUGGUUGGAUCAACAAUGUGUAUGGUGCUACGGGGGUGUUAAUAGGUGUGGCUAUUGGGUUGUUGAGAACGUUAAGGGGAAAUCCUAAAAAUUAUGCAGAUAUGGUACCAGCUGAUUACGUCAUUAAUGGUGUUUUAGCCAGCGCUUGGGAUGUAGCUUGUAUAAAAACUAUGAAUGAUAACAAAGAAUUACGAGAGGAAAGCAGCAGAGAAGAGCAAUUUGAUAAAGAAAUACCCGUAUAUAAUUAUGUGAGUACACCCGAAAAACCCAUAAGUUGGGACGAAUUUCAACGAUUAAGUACAAAACACGCCACACAAAUACCAUCAGAAAAAGUUAUUUGGCACAGCUAUUUCAGGAUGAUUCAGAAUAAAUGGUUAUUUUUGAUAGCAUCAUUUUUGCUUCAUACUAUACCAGCUCACGUCGUCGAUUUUAUAGCAGUAUGUGUCGGGAAGAAGCCCAUGUUAGUUAAAGGAUACGCAAAAAUAAAUAAAUUUGCCGAUGUGUUGUCCUAUUUUUGUCAACGACAGUGGGUUUUCACGAAUAAUAACAUUCAGUUGUUAUGGCAGAGAUUGAAUAAAAGAGAUAAAGAAUUAUUCGAAUUCAGUAUGAAACUUCUGGACUGGGAUUUGUAUUUCUACACCUACACAAGAGGCGGUCGUUUGUACAUCCUCGAAGAUCCUCUCGAAACCAUUCCAAAAGGAAAAAUAAAGUACAUCAAAAUGCUUUGCGCUCAUUAUGCUUUAAUGGCUUUCUUGUUGGCUGCAUUCAUCAAGAUUAUUAUGAUUAUGUGUAAUUUGAUAUUCUAAAAUAAAUUUUAUAUAUAAA